AUGGGUCGAUGUCUAUCCGCUCCACUCCACUGCUUUGGUGAAGCCAAGAUGAAGUUCACAAUUGUCUUUGCUGGACUUCUUGGCGUCUUCCUGGUUCCUGCCAUUACUGGUUAUAGUAUCAACAUCAAUGAUAACAGCAACAGUGAUGACAGUGGGCGACAGUCAGUGAGUGUCAACAAUGAACAUGGCGUGGCCAACGUGGACAACAACAAUGGAUGGGACUCCUGGAACAUCCUUUGGGAUUACAGAACUAACUUUGCUGCCGUCAGACUCUUUAGAAAGAAGAUGUGCAUUGUGCACAGAAUGAACAAGGAAGCCAUGCCCUCUCUUCAAGCCCUUGAUGCUCUGGCCAAGCAACAGAAGGUAAAAAUACAACCAGGGGGACCACCUCCCAGGGCCCUGAUGUAUUCUGUCAACCCCGACAUGGUCGAUGACCUGGAUAGAUUUGGAAAAACCAUCUCUGUCAUGUGUAAGGGCAUUCCAACAUACAUGGCUGAGGAGAAUGAAGGAAUAAGCCUGUUUUCUAUCUCAGAAAAGUGUGUUAAUACUGAUAUACUCUGGAUUCUGAACAUUUCCUUCUGCGGAGGAACAGUGGAGAACUAAAAAAAAAAGUCUCUGAACGUUUAGUCAGAAUAU